CUCGCUUUUUUUCAUCAAGAGGAAAUUGAGUUUUACUGAAGUGAAUAUCACAUGGCUCAAAAUGGUGCAGGGGGAGUUUAAAGUGGAAAAAAACCACAUUAAAGAGCGCCCGGCAAACACAAUUCUGGGAUGUUUUAUUCUUUCGAGCGAAAAAUUCUUCUCAUUCUUUCAUAUUUUUAAUGAAGGAAUUCAUGAAAUUCUUUGCACGAUUUUAUAUAAGUAUAGUAAUGUUAAAGUAGUAAUGACCUAACCAGCGAUUCGACUAACUUGCAUAACUAAGCAAAAUGCAUAUACACCAAUCUUGCGGGGAUUUAAAAAUGGAAACGUGCAGGCAGACUACGGGAAAGUGGGAGGGACCGAUGGUACGAAAUCGCAGUUGGGUUUGGAAAGAUGGCAAGCGGAGUUUUUGGGUUUAGUCAGUAAGGAAACACGCUGAACGCUUUAUAUUUUAACCCGGUCGGCUCGCAUCGAGGGCUGAAAACCCAUUAACAUUCGACUAGUUCGCGGUGCGAAUCAGCAGUUAGUGAUCACGGCAAAGCGGGCUUGGAACCCAGCUGGAGACCCGAGGACUGCAUCCUUGGAAGUUGCGGACACCCACAUAAACCAGUUACCGUACCUGGAGAUGCGCUGCUCGACCGCGUACCAAGACUCUGUGUCACCAUCACUUCGGUACAAUACGAUCACUGCUAGCUCAGCCUUAAUUUGACAGAUCUGCAAGCCGCACUCUGAUGGUUGCGACUCAGCGAAACCUGCCAAGGACACGACAUCCAAGGCCAGCUGUCGGUCUGUUUCCUCAUGAUGGAUCAGAUCUACCAAGGAAGUCCAGAAGCAGGGAAAACAUGGCAGUGAUGAUACCCUCACGGCAGAUUUCUCACAGGGUUCAUGACAGAGUUUUAAAAAGCUUUGCGGAUUGAAGCACACUGCUACUGGACGCCUUUGAAACUCUUGCUCUACCUUUCGAAAUCAAUCAUGGCUGCCGAAACCUUUCCCUCUGCGUUCUUGUACAUUAUGUGAGCAUAAAAUGAAUCCUUGUUGCUGUUUUCCCCUUCAUCUGAAGAAGUUUCCAGGAAGCUCUUGACUGACAGCUUGGGCCAGGUCCAGCUGGGUUUCAUGUGUGCUUUGUGGAGGCCUGAGUUGGUGGCUUGCUGACCUUCAGCACGUGAGCCAUGGGCAGAGAGCAGGACCUCCUGCAGGCGGUGAAGAAAGGAGACGUGCCAUCGACGCAGAGGCUUCUGGCCAGGCAGAAGGCCGGGCGCAGCAAGCUGCUGGGUUCUACGAGGAAGCUGAACGUCAACUACCAAGACUGUGACGGGUUUUCAGCGCUACAUCACGCAGCCCUGGGGGGCAACAUCAGCCUUCUCUCUCUCUUGCUGGAGGCCCAAGCUGUCGUGGACAUCAGGGACCGGAAUGGAAUGAGGCCGCUACACUACGCUGCAUGGCAAGGCAGGCCGGAUCCUGUGCAAGUGCUGCUGAGGGCCGGCGCCCCCCCCAAUGGCCCCUCCCAGGACGGCCACACCCCUUUGCACUUGGCUGCCCAAUACGGGCACUAUGAGGUGUCUGAGAUGCUGCUGCAGCACCAGUCGAAUCCAUGCAUGGUGACCAGGGCUAAGAAGACGCCCCUGGACCUGGCCUGUGAGUUUGGCAGGCAGAAAGUGGCCCAGCUGCUGCUUAGCAGCAGUAUGGUGGGGGCGCUCCUGGAGGGGCCUGGGGACUCGGAACACGGCUCCAACACCCCUCUGCACCUGGCCGCUCGCAAUGGCCACAAAGACGUCAUCCGGUUACUGUUGAAGGCGGGCAUCGACAUCAACCGAACCACGGAAUGUGGCACGGCACUGCACGAGGCUGCCCUCUAUGGGAAGACGGAGGUAGUGCGCCUGCUGCUGGACGCGGGGGUGGACGUCAACAUCCGUAAUGCUUAUAACCAAACGGCCCUGGACAUCGUCAACCAGUUCACCACAUCGCACGCCGGCAGGGACAUCAAGCAGCUCCUCAGAGACGCCUCUGGUGUGAUGCAGGUUAGGGCCCUGAAGGACCACUGCGACCUCCACGACCCCACGGCCCUCAAUGUCCGUGCGGGUGACAUCAUCACGGUCCUGGAGCGCCAUGCGGAUGGCCGGUGGAAAGGCCACGUCCAUGACAGGAAACAGGGCACCGACCGGGUGGGCUACUUCCCCCCCACCAUCGUGGAGGUCCGGCAGAGCCAGAGAUCAGGGGGUGCUCUCCUGCGGCAUGUGUCUCUGCCCCCCCAGCGACAGUACUUCCUGUCCAGGCCCCCUGUGGGCACGGACCUGGGCUCCACCCCCCAGACGGAUGACAGCUACAGGCUGUACAUACCAUCCAGUGGCUUGGAAAGUGAGAGCACAGGCUUUCCUGCAGAUGACCUCUCUCGGCCUGCCAACGCCAGCGAGGAUGUCUGGGUUCUCCGGCACUCCCUCACAGCGGGUGACCGGAGCAGUGUGGCCAGUACGGACAGUGUGGGCAGCACCCGCAGUGCUGGGAGUGGCCAGAGCUCCGAGAGCAACGUGGCCCACAAUGCACUUCAGCAGCUGGCCAGGCCGCACGACACCAAAACGCUGGCUCCCCCUGGUGGUGACUCCUACAAACAGACGGACCAUCGUCCAAGUGUUCUGCGCCGGCAGGGCGGUGGAGGAGCCCAGGAGCAGCCUGUGCGUCCUGAGCAGCUGCUGAAGGUCAAGGAUGGUGAUGCCAUCUACCAGUGGCUGAGGGACUUCCAGCUGGAGCAGUACACGGGCAAUUUCCUGAGUGCGGGAUACGACGUUCCCACCAUCAGCAGGAUGAGCCCUGAGGACCUGACAGCGAUUGGAGUGACCAAACCCGGACACCGCAAGAAAAUAUCUAUGGAGAUCGGAAACCUGAAUAUCUCUGAUUGGCUGCCGGAAUACAUUCCCUCAGACCUGGCUGAGUGGCUUGGUACCAUCGGCCUGCUUCAGUAUCACAAGAAACUCACUGACAGUGGCUACGACUCCAUGGGCAUCGUGCAGGACCUGACGUGGGAGGACCUGCAGGAGAUCGGCAUCACCAAGCUGGGUCACCAGAAGAAGAUAAUGCUAGCUGUGAAGAAGCUGUGUGAAAUUCAGAGGGCCCGGGUCCAGGCUGAGGCUCUCGAGAGUGUUCGGUGUGCCCCCCCUCCUCUGGGGGUGUCUGUCCAGCAUGGUGAAGUUGCCAUUGAGGUGACAACGGCCUGGUCCGAUGGUUCUAUCGCCGACCAAAAAGAGCUUAUGGGCAUGAGUACGGCCUGCAGGUCCGUCGGCCAGGACAGUGCGGUCACAUCACUGCAUGGCGAUAGGGCCACAGUCAGUACGCAGAACGAAUGGAAUGUUCCAGAAGGUAGGACAAACAGGCCGGCCAAGACUUCACGGGAGCCAGGCACUCUCACACUCAACUCCCUGCUCGCCCACAGUAUUCGGGCACCGCCAGCCUGCUUUGCUCCGCGGGCAAAUGCUCGCCCCUCUGGGUCCGUGAUGCCACCUCAUGCCAGCUGCUGUCCCCAAGGCUUCUCGCCCCACACUGUCUUUAGCUACCUGCACUCUCAGUGCGGUACCUCAGGCCCAGAAGCCACCCGCUGGCCUCAGAGACCAUCCCGCCACACCCUGUCUGAUGGGGAGCCUGAAGAUGAAGAGGCUUCCUCAGCUCCCUCAGGGUCUCUAGGUUCAUACGCCACGCUGACCCUCCAGUCCGUUCACGGCCGGCCGGACCACCCACUGCACUCGGCUCCGGGGCGUGCAGUGGGCCGCAGUCGCUCCUUCGUCAUCCGUGCUCUCCGGAGAGGCCCACCCCCGCCCCCCCCCAAGCGCUUCAGCUCCAUCAGGACCAGCUCCAGCUCCAGCUCCCCAGGAAUGAGUCCAUCGCACAGGAUGCAGGACGUCGCCAUAAUGAGAAGCCUCCCCACUGUGCUAGGGACAGCCAGGGGGGGUCUGAACUACAAGUGGGACAAGCCGGGCUGCCUUGAGGAGGAUGCGGUACCUCCCAAUCCACGUUCCUGCACAUCCCUGCCAGAAUCGGACCCAUCCACUGAGGCCUGGGACCCCAUGGCAGGCCGGAGGAGAGCAGCCAGCGAGUCUGAAAUUGGCUUGCUGGAAAGUGGGCGGAGCAAGGGCCUGGAACGCUGCUCCUCCUCCCUGAACAGUUCUAGUGAGUCUAUCCCAUUUGCUGAAGAGGGUAACCUCACCAUCAAGCAGCGACCCAAGGCUGGUGGCAGCAUGAGGCUGGAUGUGGUGGACCCCGUCAGCGUCGCCAUGGUGAUGGACCAGCAGACCAAGACCCUGGAAUUCAACCUGAAGGAAUCGGACACGGUGAAGCGCAGGAAUAAGCCCAAGGAGCAUGCUUUGGAGGGGGAGGAGCCUCAUCUGGUGGGGGAGGGUGCUCACUCAAAGGGGGAGGAGCAUUGCUUGGAGGAGGCGGGGCAGGAUGAAGCCGACAGUACAGGCUGCGAGGAGGAUGCCUGUCUGAAUCACCACUGGGUGGAAGGAGUGAGAUUGCACAUCAGCGAGGCUGAGCCGGACCCCCAGGGCCCUGAAAAGCAUCCACAAGCCCACGUCUGCCCAAAACCCGCAAGUCCUCUCCUCCAGUCCAUUGGUACUUCCAGAGCUGACCAGCAAUGUUGUGCAGGGGGCGCCAGAGUCACAGCAGUGGGCCCCCAGCAGAUAGGUCCACUGAACAAGCUGCUGGGAGCAGGAAAGGCGCCGGUCUGUGCCCCCGAGCCAGGCUCUGCGCUGGCCCAGAUGCGCCUGGAGCAGACCAGCACCUCCCUGGAAGCUGCACUCAUAGCCGUGGAGAGGAAGCUCUCUCUGGAAAGCUCUGAUGGCGGGGACGACGCUGUGGAAUCUGCCGGGACCAUCCUCAGCGACAUUGGCAACAUGUUCGAUGACCUCGCCGACCAGCUGGACGCUAUGCUCGACUGACCUCCGCCCCCUGACCCCUGGUAGAGUCAAGUGCGGCUCGACAGCACCUUCUGCAGGUGCCUCUGGGAAGCACACCGUCCCCAUCCUCCGGCUAUCUGAAGACGUCUCUCUGUGACAGUCAUAUAAGAAAGCAGUGACAGGGUGCAUCAUGGGAAAAGGAACCGGAAAGGAAAUGUGAGCCCCCCCCUUGCUGGUAUUUUCCACGACUUAACAGGAAAUGAUGUGACCGCUGAAGGCACCCCAGCCACAAGACUCUGCGGCGGACGUAUGUCCUGUCACGUUUGCUUAUUUUCUUUUAAUCAUUGUUCAUUAAGCAUCGUUUUCCUUCAGCCAGUGCUGCCUAAACCCUAUUAUAUGGUACCUGUAUGUGACUGGGCCAUGGGGCGAGUCAGAGGACAGGAAGCAGUAAAAACAGGAAGCCCAUCUCCACUGUUUCCUGUAGGGACAGUGGCGGUUAGGGAAUUUGACUGGAAAAGUCACUGCCUCAGAUUCCUGCAGGGUUCUUGCUGUUGUACCUUAGAGUAAAGCACUUAACCCAAAUCAGUCCUGUACAUAUUUGUUUAUAUGAAUGACAGUAUUAGACUGUACGCUGCAUCAGCAGGCUAAGAAACUGACAAUGGCGUUUUUUACAAUGGUGCCUUUUCCUCUGAGCAGCAGAUCUUCUGAACAGCUUAGUUACAUCAUGGCUUUGCAGAAGAUCUGCUUCCUCCACUCUGACCUGAUUCAGAGAGAAAUUCCCCUGUUACAUUCCGUUAAAGACAACUUCUGUUCUGAGAAAAGAGUGUCUGUGACUGUCAGCGAAUCCUUUUUUGAUUUUAGGGAGAAGAUUCAUUUAAGUCUGGAAUUUUUAGACUAUUUAUUUGCUUUUGAAAAAUAAAUUACCAUGUAUCGUCUGUUAACGUUAAGCAUACGUACUACACCGUCACUUUGAGUACUGGUUCAUAACUAAUAUAAUACUCAUUUCAGCAGUUAGCGAGGCUCUGAGCUAUACAGCUGUCUGGAGAUGAAUCACUUCUGGUAUAAGAUAAGAAAUAUGAAAACUUCCCUUUCCUGGCUGCGGACAUCUGUAUUCCGAGAUCCGCGUAUCCUUUAUUAGUUCCGAAUUAGAACUAAAUAAGAUUUGGAUUUUUUUUGUUUACUGUGAAAUGUGUUAUUGCUAAUGCUGCAUAACCCCUGUGAAUGUGCUACUGGUGGGUACAGUGCUGCUGGUGGGUACAGUGCUGCUGCAUUGCGUAUUAUCUGUGAUUCCCAGUUGGUUGUGUGCGAAUGGCGGUACUGUACUGAGAGGGUCCUGUUCGAGUGCCGAUAAUCGCCAGUGGGGUCACAGUGUGGGUUCAGUGUUCAGUGUCGACUGCCAGUGGAUCAGGAUCCGUUUCUGCGUUUUGGGUUCUGCGUUUUGGGUUCUGCAUUGUGGGUUCUGCAUUGUGGGUUCUGCAUUGUGGGUUCUUCGUUGUGUAGCUUCACUCAGUUGUUCAGGUUAGUUUCAAGUUGAACAGUCAAACAGAAGAUCCUGCGUUUCUGAUUACGGUUACAGGGCUAAUCAUAAUACCGAAACUGUAUGUAGGAUAUGACUGACACUGGGGGGCGUUUCUGUGAUCGCACGCAUGAACACAUACACAAUAGCAGAAAAGUAAAGUUGCGAGUGACGCAGAUGGGUGCAGAAACAAUAUUUUUAUUUUAGAAAAGCAGCCCAUUCCGUGGAUGAGCACACAAGCGGUGUGUUGAGAGGGUGCCACGCGUGGCUCAAGGUUUCCCUGACAACCGAAGGGGGUGCACUUCCGUGAGCAGUCCUACCUGUGUCCUACUUAAGAUACAGAUGACAUGUGACGCGUCGAUAUGAGCGGCAAAAGAAGGGAAGCGGAUGUUAAAUAAAUCAAUAAUGACAUGAAGGGUCUGUGGAGGAGACGCUGCAUUUGGAGCAGGUUUAUUUCUGGAAGCACUAAUAUGGCGAAAGUUCAUUCCGGCCACAUUGAGGGAAGGGGUUUGGUUUGGAAUCAUACGGACCAAAAACUAACCAGCAAAGCACAAGGUAAAGAAUAAUAGUUUUUAAAACCUUAAUUACAGUUAAAUUACAGGUGCCUGAAUCACAAGACUACUCAGUCUACCACGCGCGCGCGUGUGUGUGUGUGUGUGUGCCUCCUGGCUUGUAAUAGCUACAUGUUCACUCCAAUCAUACACACACACACAACAUCUGCCAUUUGACUCAAACAAUCAAAUAGUAAGAUGUUUCUUUGUACAGGAGAGAUUAGUCUGACCACAUCAAGGCACACUGUGUCACACUCACUCUAUCUGCCCAUCCAGUUCCCCCAUGUAUGUAAGAAGCGUAAUGCACACGCACGCAUGGACACGCAUGCAGACACGCAUGGACACGCAGGCAGACACGCAUGGACACGCACGCAGACACGCAUGGACACGCACGCAGACACGCAUGGACACGCAUGCAGACACGCAUGCAGACACGCACGCAGACACGCCACCAGGCCCUGAACAGCAGCUAUGAAACAGGCUGCUUUGUUCGUCGCUCCCACACUCUGUCUCACCACAUCCUGCCUAAUUUUCCUCUGACUUAUGCUCAGUUUAUACAUCGAGUGAUAGAUGCAAGAAGACGGUUCAAAUAAGCCUGGAAUGUGUACUGAAAUAGCCUGGGGGGGGGUAUUACGGUAAUAUCACAGCAUUUUUAAAUUCUAGCAAAAAAAUUUGCUGCGGGGGUGGUGGUCCCCCAUUAUAAAAUACGCCGUCCCCCCCCCCCCCCUCAAAUUUG